CUUUUCAACAUUUCUGACUUGUAUCUUGUCUGUGUUUUCUUUCAGAGGUCGCAGCAGUGGCAAAGGACCGCCUCAGCCCACAAUUUCUUUCGAUGGCAUCUAUGCAAACAUGAGAAUGGUUCACAUACUUACAUCAGUUGUUGGAUCCAAAUGUGAAGUACAGGUGAAAAAUGGUGGUAUAUAUGAAGGAGUUUUUAAAACCUACAGUCCUAAGUGUGAUUUAGUGCUUGAUGCUGCUCAUCGGAAAACUGCAGAAUCCAGUUUGGGGCCAAAACGUGAAGACAUACUAGAAAGUAUUUUAUUCAAGUCUUCAGAUUUUGUUAUGGUGCAUUUUAAGGAUAUGGAUACCAAUUACGCAAGAAGAGGUAUACAUUUUUUUAAGAUUCUUAAAGUUAUCUAUAUCUUAUCCAAUGGAUGGGAUCCCAAUGACAUGUUUCGUUACAAUGAAGAAAAUUAUGGUGUUAUAUCAACAUAUGACAGCAGUUUAUCUUCUUAUACGGUGCCAUUAGAAAGAGAUAAUUCAGAAGAGUUUUUGAAACGGGAAGCCAGAGCAACUCAAUUAGCAGAGGAAAUUGAAUCAAGUGCCCAAUACAAAGCUCGGGUUGCCUUGGAAAAUGAUGAAAGAACAGAAGAAGAAAAAUAUACUGCUGUUCAGAGAAAUGCUAAUGAGCGAGAAGGUCAUGGUGUGAACACUAGGGAAAGUAAGUACGUUCCACCUGGCGGGAGAAACAGGGAUGUUCUGUCUUGGGGAAGUGGAAGACAAAAUUCACCAAGGAUGGGCCAGUCUGGAUCAGGCCCACCAAUUUCAAGGUCUGGAUCCCACACUUCAGAUUUCAGUCCUAACUCUGGAGCAGAUCAAAGAGUAGUUAACGGAGGUGUUCCCUGGCCAUCGCCUUGCCCAUCUCCUUCCUCUCGCCCACCUUCUCGCUACCAGUCAGGUCCCAACUCUCUUCCACCUCGGGCAGCCACCCCUACACGGCCGCCCUCCAGGCCCCCCUCGCGGCCCUCCAGGCCCCCGUCUCACCCCUCUGCUCAUGGUUCUCCAGCUCCUGUCUCUACUAUGCCUAAACGCAUGUCUUCAGAAGGGCCUCCACGGAUGUCUCCUAAGGCACAACGGCACCCUCGAGGUCACAGAGUCUCUACUGGUAGGGGUACAAUUUCAAGUGGCUUAGAAUUUGUAUCUCAUAAUGCACCAGGGGAAGCAUCUACUACUGCAGUGGCACGAGGCAGCCCUUCAGGUGGGACGUGGUCAUCAGUUGUCAGUGGGGUUCCAAGAUUAUCCCCUAAAACACACAGGCCUAGGUCCCCAAGGCAAAGCAGCACUCCUGCAGGACCAGCUCUGCCUUCUCCUCAACCUGGUACUAUUCCCACUGAAUCUGUUGCCAUGCCUGUUCCAGCUGCCUCUCCGACACCUGCCAGCCCUGCAUCCAACAGAGCAGUUACCCCUUCCAAUGAAGCUAAAGAUACCAGGCUUCAGGACCAGAGGCAAAAUUCUGCAGCUGGAAACAAGGAGAAUAUAAAGCCAAGUGAGACUUCUCCUAGUUUUCCUAAACCUGAAAGCAAAGGUGUAUCUCCAAUUGUUUCAGAACAUAGAAAACAGAUUGAUGAUUUAAAGAAAUUUAAGAAUGACUUUAGGUUACAGUCAAGUUCCUCUUCAGAUGCAGUGGAUCAGCUGCUAACCAAAACCCGAGAAGGUGAAAAAUCGAGAGAUGUAGUUAAAGAAAAGACAGAACCAGCCCCUAAAGAACCUAUCAUAGAAACUGGCAGUAAUACUAACUCUAACGGUGGCAGUAGCAAACCCAAUAGUCCAAGUAUUUCUCCAUCAAUAAAUAAUAGUUCUGAGCAAAAGCGAGGGCCGGAGGUAACUUCACAAGGUGUACAGACAUCUGGUCCUGGAAGCAAACAAGAUAAAGAGGAUAAAGAGGAGAAGAAGGAUACUUCUGAGCAAGUUAGAAAAUCAACACUGAAUCCUAAUGCAAAAGAAUUCAACCCUCGAUCUUUUGCUCAGCCGAAGCCUUCUACUACACCCACCUCCCCUCGCCCACAAGCUCAACCAAGCCCUUCCAUGGUGGGCCAUCAGCAGCCAACUCCAGUGUACACUCAGCCUGUUUGUUUUGCACCAAAUAUGAUGUACCCGGUUCCAGUGAGUCCAGGCGUGCAGCCUUUGUAUCCUAUACCCAUGACGCCCAUGCCAGUGAACCAAGCCAAGACAUAUAGAGCAGUACCAAAUAUGCCACAGCAGCGGCAAGACCAACAUCAUCAGAGCACCAUGAUGCACCCUGCCUCAGCAGCAGGCCCUCCAAUUGUAGCUACACCACCUGCUUAUUCAACACAGUAUGUUGCAUAUAGUCCCCAGCAGUUUCCUAAUCAGCCUCUUGUGCAGCAUGUGCCACACUACCAGUCUCAGCAUCCUCAUGUUUAUAGCCCUGUAAUACAGGGCAACGCUAGAAUGAUGGCACCACCAACUCAUGCACAGCCUGGUUUAGUAUCUUCUUCUGCAACACAGUAUGGUGCGCAUGAACAGACGCAUGCUAUGUAUGUUUCCACUGGCUCACUUGCUCAGCAGUAUGCCCACCCUAAUGCUACCCUGCAUCCGCACCCUCCGCAUCCUCAGCCUUCGGCUACGCCAACUGGCCAGCAGCAAAGUCAACAUGCUGGAAGCCACCCUGCUCCUAGCCCCGUGCAGCAUCAUCAGCACCAGGCUGCUCAGGCACUCCACCUGGCAAACCCACAACAGCAGUCGGCAAUUUACCACGCAGGUCUAGCUCCAACCCCACCUUCCAUGACGCCAGGCUCCAAUACGCAGUCUCCACAAAAUAGUUUUCCUACAGCACAACAAACAGUCUUCACCAUUCAUCCCUCCCAUGUUCAACCUGCAUAUACCAAUCCGCCACACAUGGCCCAUGUCCCCCAGGCUCAUGUACAGUCAGGAAUGGUUCCUUCUCACCCAACUGCCCAUGCUCCAAUGAUGCUAAUGACGACACAGCCACCUGGUGGUCCCCAAGCCGCCAUCGCUCAAAGUGCACUACAGCCCAUUCCAGUCUCGACAACAACACAUUUCCCCUAUAUGACGCACCCUUCAGUACAAGCCCACCACCAACAGCAGUUGUAAGGCUCAUCUGGAAUAACUGAAAGGCUGGAUACCUUUUGUAGGCCAAAUACCCUCCUUCUACUGCUUCUGCCAACUGGAAGCACAGAAAACUAGAAUUUCAUUUUAUUUUGUUUAAAAAAAAAAAAAAUUGAUUUCUUGUAACAUCCACUAGGAAUGCUAACAGUUCAUCUUGCAGUGGGAGAGAUUCGGACUGAGUAGAGGCAUUUAGGAACUUGUGGGCUAUUCCAUAAUUCCAUGCACUGUAUCUGAGUCCUGCAAGUGCCCCAACUCUGCUUGCUGAAAACUGGAAGUUAUUUAUUUUUUAAUGACCCUUCAAAGUUAUGAACUCAUCAGCUAGCAAAAGAAGUAACAAGAGUGAUUCUUGCUGCUAUUAUCACUAAAAAUCAAGACUUGGAGAUCCCUUUUACUUCUAACUAAACUUGAAACAGGUUCAGUAAAAAAAAAAAAAUUCUAAUCGUCAAACUGAUGAAUUAUUAUUUAUAAAUCACGUUUGAUGAGAUGAUCACUAUCGUGAGACAGUGAUGUAACUUUUAAGUUAAGAAAACUUUUACUUUGUAGAUAAUAUAAAAUAAAAACUAAA